AGCAGACAAUGACCAAAACACAUCAUCUUUCAUAUUCAUCCGUCUGUUUCUUCUUCUUCAUUUCAAUCUUUUCAGCUGAUUUCAGAGGCAGAUUGUUUUGGUUGUUUGGUUAUUAAUCCUUAUGUUGUGAAUCAAUAUAACUUUGCCGUAAUAGUUACCAAAAAAUGUCUGAGAAAAGACGAAGCAGCGCUGAAAACAACGAAGAUGCCCUAGAAGACGAUGGUUGGAUUGGACCAAUGCCUUCAGAGGCCACAAAUCCAAAACCUAAAAAGCGGAAAGUGUUGGAGUUUGAAUCUAUGUACAUAGAGAAUCUUCCGUCAUCAGAAACAUACGAGCACAGUUAUAUGCACCGGGAUGUGGUCACUCACAUUGCUGUCACCAAAACCGAUUUUGUUAUCACUGCUAGUCAAGAUGGACAUCUUAAGUUUUGGAAGAAACAGGAUGAAGGCAUAGAGUUUGUGAAACACUUCCGCUGCCACCUGGCUCCGAUCAGCGAUAUCUCUGUCAACAGCACCGGCACGCUGUUGUGUACCGCCUCGCCAGAGAAAACCGUCAAGGUGUUUGAUGUGGUGAACUUUGACAUGAUCAAUAUGAUCUCAAUAGAGUUUGAACCUCACUGUACAGAAUGGGUUCAUUCAGCCGGAGACCCUAUCUCUGCAUUGGCCGUGUCAGAGAGGAACAGCAACAAAAUCCACAUAUUCGACGGCACACAAGUCUCAGGCACUCCGAUGCAUACAUUCGAGAUGUUACAUCAAAGCACCGUAGCUACAAUUAAAUACAACCAGGUCUACGAAACCGCUGUGUCUGUGGACAAGGCCGGUAUCGUCGAAUACUGGACUGGGCCAAAACACGAGUACAAGUUCCCUAAAGUGGUCAAGUUCGAUUCGAAACUUGACACGGAUCUGUUUGAUUUUGUAAAGAACAAGACGUAUCCAAGCGCGUUGGCUUUCUCGCCCGAUGGGUUGAAAAUGGCGUCUAUAAGCUUAGAUAGAAAGGUGCGUGUAUUCCACUUCCUGACCGGGAAGCUCCACAAGGUGCUGGACGAGAGCCUGCAGCGGUUCCAGGAGCUGCAGCAUCAGACGCAACAGCUGCCCAACAUGGAAUUCGGUAGGAGAAUGGCGGCAGAGCGUGACCUCGAUAAAUCCGAUUUCGUCCAUCUGGCCAACAUUUUGUUCGACGCUAGCGGCCAUUUUGUUGUGUACGCCACCAUGUUGGGGGUCAAAGUGGUCAACCUGGUCACGAACCGGUGUGUGGCGAUGAUAGGGAAGCCGGAGAACCUGAGGCCGCUGCAUUUGGCAUUGUUUCAGGGUCGCACCAACCAACCAAACGUGGCUUCCACCCUCGAGAUGGAGGGCUCUGAGAACCCCGCCCUCCUCAACGUGAAGACCGACCCCACACUCUUCUGCACCGCGUACAAGAAGAACCGCUUCUACCUGUUCUCCAGGAGGAGUCCUGAUGACAUCAAGAGUCCCGACGCCGACAGGGAUAUAUUCAAUGAGAAGCCGUCCAAGGAAGACAUUAUAUCGGCGACGGAAGGCCAAGGCGUUCAACGUAUUUACGAGCAAGCGAUCCUGCACACUUCUCUCGGAGACAUCCAUGUGCGCAUCUUCGGCAAAGACGUGCCGAAAACCGCCGAGAACUUCUGCGUACACGCAAGAAACGGAUAUUAUAACGGUCACAUAUUCCAUAGAGUUAUAAAGGGGUUUAUGGUGCAGACUGGAGAUCCUACAGGCAGCGGCACGGGCGGCGAGAGCAUCUGGGGCGGGGAGUUCGCGGACGAGUUCCGCGCGCAGCUGAAGCACGACCGGCCCUACACGCUGAGCAUGGCCAACGCCGGCCCAAACACCAACGGCAGCCAGUUCUUCAUCACGCUGGCACCCACGCCGUGGUUAGACAAUAAGCACACGGUGUUCGGGCGAGUGACCCGCGGCAUGGAGGUGGUGCAGAACAUCGGCAGCGUGAAGACGAACCCCAAGACUGACAAACCUUACGACGAUAUACGGAUAGUGUCCAUUACCGUCAAGUGAAGUGUUUAUAUAUAAGUAGUAUUGUUAAGGAUAUCAUUAAAUUUGUA